AUGACAACAAUGGUACCUAUUAUUGAUUUCGAUGCCUGUAGCCUUGCACGCAGCAAAGUGGCCAGCGAUCGGUUACCAGAGCUUGCCCGUUCCCUGCUCAAAUCGUUGUCGGUUGACGGAGUGGUGAUUUUAAAGAAUCACGGUAUUGAUGAAAAAGAGAUAAGAUCAGCGUUUGAUUUAUCUGAUGAGUUCUUCAGGAGUCCCGCGGAUAACAAGUUACUGUUCGAGGCAAAGUCUGAAGACAAUUUCAAAAUCGGUUACGCUCAUAGUGGCACAGAAAGGUACAGUCGUGUCAAGAAUUUCAGAGAAGCUUUCCGAUUGCGUCCAGGCACACAUUCCACAAUUGACACUGUGGUGCCCGGGUUCGUGAAAGCACAACAGUUGCUAUUUACUUCUAUGGGGAAACUUGUUCAGCGAUUGGUCAGAUUGUUGGCUAUUGGACUUGAAAUAGAUGAAAAUGUAUUCACUGACAAGUUUAAAAAGAUGGGCGAAGAAGGAAACUCGUCUUACAUGAUGCACAAUUGGUAUACAACAGAACAGUCAUUUGACAAAUCUGGUGAAGCCAUUCGCCUUUUUGGUCAUUUCGAUAAUAGUGCCUUAACUCUACUUGUUACAAGUAAACACCCUGGUUUGCAGUUUAGAAACAGAGAAGGCGAAUGGAGCGAUGUUCCACCAAGUGGAGAUAAUAUAAUCGUACUUAUUGGCCAAAUAAUGGAGGCUUGGACAGAAGAUAAAUUAAAAGCACCGUUUCAUCGGGUUACUUUCCCGGAGAGAGAUCAAGGAACCGAUAAUCGAAUGUCGUGUGCUUUCUUCGCCAUACCAGACAACGCACACACCAUUUGUAGCAUUCACGGCAGUGAGAAAUACCCCCCUUUCAAACCAGAUGUUUUCUUUGUGGACAAGUUGAACGUAUUAUACAAGUAGUGUCCACAUCAAACGAUAGGCUCUAAUUAUACAAUCAUAAAAUGCGAG